AUGAGGAUACUUAAUCAAGAGUUAUCAGAAAUAAACUUUGUACUUGAUUUUGACAAGGAAGGAUUACGAGACCAGUUACCAGUGGCCAUUUUUGAGAGAUUGUUCUUAUUAGAGCACAACUCGGUUGAACUCAUCAAGCGUUGGAGUAAUAAUACUAUUUCGGAGUUGGUGGAUGCUAAUUGGGUUAGGGUAACUGAUUGUGAUCAGAUUCGUGAUCUUAUUGUUAAUGAUUAUGAGGAAAAGUUUAAUGGAGAUGAUUCAGUUCCGGUUGAUUUUCUUUUUAAUGUGGAACAUGAUAGUAUUUCUAUGGAGGAGAGUGCGAGAACGGACCAGUUACCUUCUAUUGAGGAAAUCCAUGAAGCAGUUUUUGGGUUAGGAGCUGACAGUGCACAUGGUCCGGAUGGAUUUGCUGGUUUCUUCUAUAGACAUUAUUGGGAGAUUAUCCGGGAUGACUUGAUUUUUACUAAGAUUUUAGCUACUAGACUGGGUAGUAUUCUGGAUAAAUUGGUUUCUAAGGAACAAGUGGCGUUUAUGAAAGGUAGAAAUAUUCAUGAAAAUAUUAGUCUUGCUUCGGAGACGGUGAAUGAACUUCAGAUUAAGCGUAAGGAGGGUAAUGUUGGGUUAAAGCUAGAUAUAACUCAAGCUUUUGAUACUGUUAGUUGGACUUUUAUUGUGGAGGUGUUUAGAAGAUAUGGUUUUUCCGAGAACUGGUGUGACUGGAUUUUACAGAUUCUGAAGUCUGCUAGAAUUUCAGUCUUAGUCAAUGGUAGCCCAGAAGGUUUUUUCAAAAAAUGUAUUGCUCCAAGUCAUUUAUUUUUUGAUGAUGAUAUUAUGAUCUUUUGUAAGGGUAACAUGAAGAGUUUGAGAAAUCUGGUUGAUUUGUUGGGUUUGUAUCAACGUGCUUCGGGGCAAACAAUUAGUCGUGAGAAGAGUAAGCUUUAUUAUGGUGGGGGCUCCUUGAGGAGGAGAGAUACUAUUGCUGAUUUUUUGGGGAUGCCUAUUGCGACCUUACCGGAUAGGUAUUUAGGUGUUAAAGUAAUGCCAGGUGCUGUCAAAUAUCACCAUAUUGCCUAUGUGGUUGAGAAGAUUGAAAAUCAAUUAGCGGGUUGGAAAGGUGAUUCACAAGUGAGUAGGUCCUUUGUGGUGGCUUAUGACAAGAUUUGUGCUCCUUAUGAGGAAGGUGGUUUGGGUAUAACUCAGUUGAGUGUUAUGAACAAGGUGCUUCUUAUGAGCCUUUGGUGGAAAAUCCGUAUUAAAUGGGUUUAUUCUUUGGUGGAGGAUAACUCUAAGGUUUUAAUUGGAGAUAGGCGUAAUACUUCUCUUUAUUAUGAUGUGUGGGUGGGAGAUAUGGAUGUUGUUGAUAUUCUUGAAGAUUUUUCUCUUGACCGUGUUGUUUUGGUUGGGGAUAUGCUUAAUAAUGGUGUUUGGAGUUUGAGCGAAGAGUGUCGCAACACUUUGUUGGUUGUUGGUAUUGAUGAAGCAGAUUUACCUACCCCUUUGAAUGGAGAGGAUUGUCGGGUUUGGAAACCAAAUUUUUCAGGCACUUUUACUGUCAAGUCUGCGAAGUCUUUGAUUCGCAAGAGAUAUGUAAGGUUGAAGGGAGCCAAUCUAUUAUCGAGGCAAUCUGUGCACCCGGAUUUGGAUGAAAGAAGUUGGAAGAUUCUAAGAGGAGCUUGUGCUACUCUUGAUAAAGUUAAGAGGAGGUUCAAAAUCCAAGUUGUUAACAAAUGUUGUUUGUGUAAUAAUGAGGAAGAAACUUUGGAUCAUUUGCGCUGGCAUUGUGCGUUUGCUGAGAAGGCCUGGGGAUGGAUUUCUGACACUUUUGGAAUGCACUCGCAUUUAAAUUUGUCUACAGCUUACAAGGCAGCUAGGGGAAGGAGUGGUAUGAUCAAGGAUUUAUGGUUUCUUGCGGUUUUGGUGCAUGAUUAUUCAAGAUGUCUCAAAGGCUAUAUGAAUAAUACCGUGGAUGAUCUAAAAGUGUUGGACUAUUUCAAAGUUUCUCAUAGGCAGGUGAAGAUGCAUAAUCCGGUUGAAUGUAGGUGGACUCCUUCAGCGUUGGACGAGCUGUUGUUGUGCUGUGAUGGAGUUGCUCGUGGGAAUCCAGGCGUGGAUGGUGCAGGCGUGGUAGCGCGUGAUUAUGAGGCUAAUAUCGUUAGUGUUAUGAGUGUUGGUUUGGGUAUAACUUCAAACUACCUAGCUGAAAUUUAUGGUACUAUAGUAGGUCUGAAAUGGGCAGUUCAAUAG